GGGUCGAGACAGGGUUUCUCUGUGGUUUUGGAGGCUGUCCUGGAGCUAGCUCUUGUGGACCAGGAUGGUCUGGAACUCAGAGAAGUCUAUGAUUCCAUCUUAAUGUCCACUGGGAUGCUGACAUGUUGAGGGGCGCCUAGCGAAGCGCUUUUAAGAGCCAGGCACAGUCUUAACUCCAUUCUCUGGCCUCCUCAUCCCCACACAUUUAGAAUCUUUCCCUUGGGAGAGGUAUUGUGUAGAACACAUUGUUGGGCAAAAAGAGCCGCCCAACACUCUUUCCUGACCCUUCGUCCUCCCCCCUUCUUUCUUUGGUGGGUUCCUGGGCCCCACCAACCAUCGCCCAGUUAAGGGAAGCCCCACCCAUAUAGAAGGGGAGGAGCAUAGGCGGAGUCCGAGGAGUCUGGGAAGGAACAAAGCGCGGCCUGCGGGCGGUGGCUGGGCUCCCUCCGGAGGCUGGGCCCCCCGGGAGCGGGGCCUGUGGGCCGCAGCGUGAGUGAAACAUUGCAGGGGUCCAGGUGGCAUCACAGUCCGUGUCGGCCGGGCCAUGAACGGGCUGCCCUCAGCGGAGGCGCCAGGAGGCGCGGGCUGCGCUCUGGCCGGGCUCCCGCCGCUACCGCGCGGCCUCAGCGGCCUUCUUAACGCUAGUGGGGGCUCAUGGAGGGAGCUGGAGCGCGUCUAUAGCCAGCGCAGCCGCAUCCACGACGAGCUGAGCCGUGCCGCCCGUGUUCCGGACGGUCCCCGUCACGCCACCGGCGCUGCCAACUCAGGCUCUGCAGCAGGCGCGCGCCGCCCGGUUAACCUGGACUCCGCACUAGCCGCGCUGCGCAAGGAGAUGGUGGGGCUACGGCAGCUGGAUAUGUCCCUGCUGUGCCAGCUGUGGGGCCUAUAUGAGUCGAUCCAGGACUACAAGCAUCUGUGCCAAGACCUGAGCUUGUGCCAGGACCUGUCAUCCUCCCUUCACUCGGACAGCUCCUACCCACCUGAUGCCGGCCUGUCUGAUGAUGACGAGCCUCCUGACGCCAGCCUGCCCCCAGACCCUCCACCCCUCACUGUGCCCCAGACACACAAUGCCCGUGACCAGUGGUUGCAGGAUGCCUUCCAAAUCAGCCUCUGAAAAGCUGAGGUGGAUAGCAAUGCACCCAUACAAAAGGCUCAAAAAAACUUGCCCUUCAGCAAGUCCUUAGUCGACAGUGCCUGCUCUUUUACCAGUACCACCUCACUUCACUUCAGGAGGGCAAGGCAUAUACCCAUCAGGCAAAGUGGUCAAGACUGCAGCCAGUGCCAGUGGACUGGACUUCCCACUUCUCCCUCUUGUGUGCACCCCUAGCUUGGCCAGCCCUUAGUCUGACCGUGGGGUCCAAAGCGUCUUGCACUCCCGUUGGCAUCUCUGGGACUGGGAUGAUUGCCUAGCUUCCAUCUCUUUUUGUCUUUUGCUGCCACUUGCAGCUGCUGGCUCAGGGGCAUCCCUACCUGUGGCCCCAGGGUUUCCCUCCCUGGGACUAGGACUCCAGGAUCCACCCCUGCAGCCACCCACGGCCAGAAAGGCUAAGGUCUCUAUGCUGGAUAUUUAAGUUUAGGGACCAGUUCCUGGAUGAGAAAAUAAAUACUUUUCAAUAUUGUA